UUGAAAUUCAACAAGUGACUCCGAGCUGCGUUGGCAACCUUUCAUCGUUGCCAUUGCAACAUUCGACAAUACGAGUGUUAUUCGGGCCGACUCUUCCGGAUAGAUCGAUAUAUAUUUUAAUCUCAAGCUUGUCCACUUAUGUCCGCUGCCGUGAAAGCCGCAAUCGAGGGAGGUUAAGUCGCCUGCUUAGUGCCAACCUUCGAGCUUUUUUUCUGGAGCGUCGCGGCGUCCUAACACCCUGAGACUAUGGAGGUUGCUGCCAGGCUAAAAACGCUAAACGGCCCGACUGCUCGUAGGUCUGAAGUGAAGCUACCCGAAGACGGACCGCUGCGUCUCCAGCCGUCGCAUGCGCCUUGCAAGCAGCCGCAACGUGUUCUGUCCGAGUCCAACGGGCCUCAGCGCUUCACGCAGCCAUCAAAACACAAGUCGGCGCCCAACCUCCUCAAGGCCGCAAAGUCCGCGCAACCCGUCGAUCAGAACGUCAGACCGGCGGCUACGAAUGUGCACGCGCAAUCCAAAGCCGUUGUCCGGCGAAGCCAACCCAGGAUGAACGAGCCAACGGUGAACCUGGGAAUGGCGAAACCUCCCGCGGGGGCUGCUACACCGGCGGCCGCCGUACCUGCGAAACCUGCAGCAGGAGCUGUGAAAACCGAGAUGCCGCCGCAAACGGGGAAACCGGCCAAGACUGAUUCUUCAGACUCAACGUCGUCAAAGAGCAAGAAGCGGUGGAGCCUGGAGAGCUUCGAAAUCGGCCGCCCGCUCGGAAAGGGCAAGUUCGGCAACGUCUACCUGGCCCGAGAGCGGGAGACCAAAUUCAUCCUGGCCUUGAAGGUGCUUUUCAAAAAGCAGCUGGAGAAGGCGGGCGUGGAGCACCAGCUGAGGAGAGAAGUGGAGAUCCAGUCUCACCUCAGGCACCCCAACAUCUUGCGGCUUUACGGUUAUUUCCACGACGAGUCGCGCGUGUACCUCAUUCUCGAGUACGCGCCCAAGGGCGAGCUCUUCGGUGAGCUGCAACGCUGCAAAUAUUUCAACGAGCAGCGCAGCGCUACUUACAUCAUGGAGCUGGCGGACGCCCUCCAAUACUGCCACGCCAAGAUGGUGAUCCACAGGGACAUUAAGCCCGAGAACCUCCUGUUGGGCGCCAACGGCGAGCUGAAGAUCGCCGACUUCGGUUGGUCCGUUCACACGCCCUCGUCCAGGAGGUCAACUUUAUGCGGGACUCUGGACUAUCUGCCCCCCGAAAUGAUCGAAGGGAAGACCCACGACGAAAAGGUGGACCUGUGGAGUCUCGGCGUGCUUUGCUACGAGUUCCUGCUCGGGAAACCCCCGUUUGAAACCAAAUCCCACGAGGACACGUACCGCAGGAUAUCCAGGGUGGAAUACUCGUACCCCUCGCAGUCGAACGUCAGCCCGCUGGCCAAAGACUUGAUCUCCCUCCUGCUGAAACACAACCCCAUGCACAGACUCCCCAUUCGAGGGGUGCUCACUCACCCCUGGGUGGUCCAAAACUCCACCAAGAAGCCCACCGCCCAAGCUGCCACUAACUGAUGCAAAUCAUUUCACUUUUUUUUUGGUGUGUGUACAGGGAACUUGAGCCACUCUUAUCUUUUCCUCCGGUUCGACUACCUGUAAAUAUUUCUCUGCUCUACAUAUCUAUUGGCUUUUACUGUGAUGUCAUGACGUGAAAUAAAAUAAAAUGACGCGCCUGCACUUUC